CGCGCGGCCGCCAUAUUGCGCGACAGUUAUUUUGAUUCGUAUGUGUCGGAAGCUGCGGGGGGAAAAAAGGAGAAAAUAAACAGCGUGCGGAUUAAAGCAGCAGCAGCAGCAGCAGUUCGGUGAGUUUACAUUAAACCCGACGGUACAGAAGGGAACGCGGGGGACACAGUGAGCGGGGCACGGACUCGGUGCCCCCCCCGGACUCUGAGGGAAAGUUACGCCGUCCUCAGCGCACUUAGGCCCGGAUCCGGGGUGCUCCUGCUGCCCGGCCCUGACACGGAGAUCCGCCGACACAAGGCUCGUCUCGGGCGGCUCCGCUGUGGACGGCGGCCCGGGGAGCGACACGGUAAAUAAACACCAACAGAAAAUGCUAUGAUAGAGCAAGAGUGUGUGCAUGAGUGUGUGCGCUGAGCUCCACCCCGCUCCGUCCUGCCAGUCCCCGAAUGGCACAGGGAAAUCAGCAGAUUGACACUCAAGUUCUGCAAAAACUGCGUCAGAAGUUUCCAGAAGUGCCAGAAGGCGUGGUCUCUCAGUGUGUCGUACAGAAUAAGAACGACUUGGCAGCGUGUUGUGAGUACCUGACCCAGGUGAGUCCCGGCUUCCUGUACAGCGAGGGCAGCCAGAGUGUGACAGACCUGCGCAAUCACAUGACCCAGCUCAACGUGGGCGUGACACAGAAUACCCAUGGUGCCGUGCAGCACGAGCCAGUGAGGAUGAACGGCAGCAGGACUCUCUCACACAGCUUGAGUGACGGGCCGGUCAACGGUCCCCCGACUCCGGCCUCUGACUUCUACCAGGCAGAGUCUCAGUCUCACACACACACGCCCGCCUUUUGUGUAAUGGAGCAGACGCGAAAGCCACAGCCACCGCAUCACCUCGGCCUGUACCAGCUUGGGGUUAAAGGUCAGGUCUCGUCCACACCCCUUUCUGCCACACCUCGUUUUAACCCCAUCACAGUGACUUUGGCCCCCAAUGCCGGUCGGAACACACCCACUUCGCUGCACAUUCACGGUGGGCCUCCGGCCGGCCCCAACAGCCCCAACUCCAUCUACAUCCGGCCUUACGUCGCGCAGAUCUCGCACCCAGGCGGCUCGCACCACCAGACCUCACACGUUUACAUGCCCAUCAGCUCUCCCACCAACCCGCAGCCCCCAUCGGCCUUUCAGGCUCCGUCCGCCACAGCCUCUCAGGCCUCUUCCUCAUCUUCCUCGUCGUCAUCCUCAUCUGUGCCUUCAUCUUUACCAGCGAUGGCGGCGGCCCCCUCACUCGCGUCCUCCUUUAGCCAGUUUAACAUUCAGAACAUCUCCACAGGGCCUAGAAAGAACCAGAUCGAGAUUAAGCUCGAAUCUCCACAGAGAGUGGGUGGAGCCGCUGCCGCCGGCGCUGCUACAGCGACGCUGAUGUGCUCUGCCUCUGCUCCUCGACCAGCCUCGGCUUCUGGGUCGUCGUCCUGCCCGUCACCUUCCUCCUUGUCCUCCACUCCGCUCUCCAUAGAUGGGGCGGGGCUUAGCCGAAGCCAACCCACUGUCUAUAUCGCUGCCUCUCCUCCCACUGCCGCUGCCAUGACGACACCGUCGGAAGAGUGUGCGCUGAUUCCGCCUUCUGGACGCUCGCAGCCUAAAUUCUACAUCUCCGCUAAUGCGGCUUCAGACGAGGGUGGCACUCGGAAUCCACCCACAGUCUACAUCUCGGCCAAUCCCGCUCUUCCUGGCGUGACGGGAGGGCGGAGCCUAGGCGGCCAAGUCAGCAUGGGGCCCGCCUAUAUCCAUCACCAUCCACCCAAAUCCCGCAGCUCGGUGGGGGCGGGAGGCGUGGCUACAUCUCCACGUGUCGUGGUGACGCAGCCCAAUACCAAAUACACCUUUAAGAUCACGGUGUCGCAGAACAAACCACCAGCUGUGUCCCCCGGGGUGGUGUCGCCCACCUUCGAGCCCACCAACAUGCUCAGCGUACCUGCAGAUCAGCACUACCCUGAGCCUGAGGCCAUCACUCUGCCCGAGCCACUCUCACCCAACCGAGACCUGAGGGCCACAGAGAGCCGCCGGCCCAGCAUGGGCUCUGACGAUGCCGCAUACACACAGGCAUUAUUGGUGCACCAGAAGGCGCGCAUGGAACGUCUGUGUCAUGAGCUCAAGCUGAAAAAGAAGAACCUGGAGAAACUCAAAGAGGAGGUGAACGAAAUGGAGAACGACCUCACGAGGAGACGACUACAGAGGUCCAACUCAGUGUCUCAGAUACCAUCUCUUGAUGAGAUGCAGCAGCUGAGGUGUAAGAACAGGUUGCUACAGAUCGACAUUGACUGUUUAACUAAAGAGAUCGACCUCCUGCAGACGCGUGGACCACACUUCAAUCCCAGUGCGAUCCAUAACUUUUAUGACAACAUUGGCUUCCUCGGCCCUGUGCCCCCAAAACCCAAAGGUACUCCGGCAGCAGGCUCAGAUCACUGGGGCUCUCUGGACAGGAGAGGACGCAGAAUAAACGUCAGCUCCAAGCUGAAGAGAGACCCGUCUCUUCCUCCUGUUCCUCCCUCUCUUCCUGCUCCUGUGGAGUCGGGCAGUAAGAAUAUGAAGACGGUGUCUGAGGCUGAAGACGACGACGGGGUUCAGUGGGGUUGUACAGCUUGCACCUUCCUCAACCAUCCUGCCCUCAACCGCUGUGAACAGUGUGAAUUUCCACGACAUUUCUGAGCCCCCGACACACACACACACACACACACACACACACGUAUACACACACACACACACAUGUUCACAUAUCAGCUUGCCUGUCUGUCUAUCUUUCUCUUAAACACCCCCUUUCUCUCUGAGGUGUGUGUUGUGCUGCCCACUGAAGACUGGAUAAUGUUUACAGGUUUUCCUUUGCUACUAUCUGUCGAGCCAAGCUGAGCUUUUUACUUCACUGACUCCAUAUCGAAUCUCAAUCUAACCUGAAACAGUAUUAUAAAAGUGUGUGAGUGUGUAAGUCACACCACACACACACACACACACACACACACACACACACACACACACACACACACACACACACACACACAGACGUGCUUUCCAGAUGGUGAACUACCUUCGAGAUCUUCGUCUCUCAUCUGAAGGGAUUAACCUUACAGACUACUUUCUGGACUUUGCUCUUUCUUCCCCAGACGGAUGUUGGGAAACGAUCUGUGGAACUUCGGAGUCUCUUCUUCCUGCGCUUUCGUUUCACUAAGGGAAAAAAAAAACAUGGGAAUAGCGAACGAACUGAAACUAAUCUGCAUGCUUUAGAUGUACAGUUUACAAACGGAGACCCCGCCCACCUAAGCUUUUACUGUACAUAGUGUUAGAACGAGCUUUAAAAUGCUGGGUUUUUUUCUCUCUUUCUCUCUCUCUCUCUCUCUCUCUCUCUUUCCUCACAUGUAUGUUCUGUAAUUAUAGCUCCAUAGACUUCAUUUACUUUUAUUUGUUGGGUGAUCUUUUGUUGUUGUUUUUGCUGAAAACAGACGAGUACGGUUCCCCUCUUUCCACGUCACACCUUUUCUCUUCCAGCGUACGGGCUGCAGAUGCAGCAAAAAAGGAAAGAAAAAAAAAGUUCAGAGAAGGAUGGAGCGUGACCCUGCCUCGAAUCAGCCCCACCCCACCCCUUCCUACAGCAAACAUGUCAAAGGAAGGUCACUGCAUGGUCUCCGAUGCCUUCCAAAGGACCUCCAAGUUUUCUGCCAACUGGAAUGUAGCUUUCAAAUUUUUUAUUUUUUUUUUUUAUAUAUAAACACAUCCACGCCAAAUCUCCAAAAGCACAUUUUAUUACUCGACCACACGGCGUGGUGUGAGAGCAAAGACUUGUGGGACAUUUGGUUACGGUCCGUGUGUACGCCAAAAAAAUUCAAGGGUAUUUUUUUUUCUCCAGAGACUCAGAGAUCAGGUGAAAAGUUCAGGAGUCGGUUCCUGUUCCAAGCCACCGAAUCAGAUCACCAUGUGCCUUCGGCGAAGCGGAGAUGCUCUGCCUUUUAAAGCGGACACUGCCUCGUCUUUUCCUUUCCUUUCCUUCCCUUAGAUUUGGUUACACCAGACCCACAAGGCCUUAAUGACGUUUUAAAUGUUCAUGAGCUUUUUUUUUUUCCGCUGAAGAUAUACAAUAAGUCGAGAAGAUGUGAAGAAAGUGCCUUUUUUUCCGGGUUCCACGUUGUGCUGCGUCACGUUUCAGCCUCAGUAAAGUCUCAGUUUUCCCGGGUGACUACGUGAUUUUAUUCGAUUUUAUUUUCAGCAUAAAUCUAUGCAGUAAACCCUCGAGGUAGUGUUGAGGUAUGUGUAAAGGACGACCAGACGUCCGUGUGCGGUUCACUUCAGGACGUGACUGCGUUUAGAAAAUAAAACUCUUGUCGUUUUGAAUACAACGAAUACGUUUAGAUAUCCGAGGCACUUGUAUUUAAAGAAAUCCCAAAGACAAACAGUCACCGUCACUUUUUUUUGUUUUGUUUUGUUUAUUUUUCUUCCCCUGGCUUCUGAUCCGAGCCUCAGUUUAUUUUUAUGGAUUAAAAUCAUGGGGGGAAAAAACUAGAAGAAGAAACGAUUUGGGGAUCUAAAGUGAUUUUUAAUUUUUAGCUGGGAAAACUGUCUUUGUAACAGAUAAGUUAUUUGUAAAAAUAAACAAAAAAUAUUCUGA